AUUUGUGUGUGCGUGUGUACACGCGCGUGCGUGUUUAUUAGCAUGCAUGUGAGUUUCAGCGCGUUCAUGUGGUUGUUGUGGGAGGAGAGUUGAGGGGGGGUUCCAGAAGAAUGUUACUUUGUAACGUAAAACACCAUUUUACGAUAAUCCAGAAUUCGAUUGGUGAAGUUGAGCUACCAUGACCACGUCGGAGGGGCUGGACCCCACUUCUCCCGUGAAAGAGUUUAUGCUUCUUUAUUUGAUGCCAGAAAAAUGUUUCGAGUACUUUUUCAUCAACUUAAACUUCCUGCAUGUGCCAUGUCUCAAGAUUGUUCUGAGCAAAACCGUAGGACUGUGGAUCGUCCUGGGCACAGUGCUAGCACAACUACCUCAGCUGCUGAGACUAACGAGGAGGGGUAGCGCAGACGGUGUGAGCCUUGGUUCGGCCUUGCUACACCUGUACUCAAUCUCAGGCCCUCUGGUCUACUGCCUAGCCAGGGACUUCCCCCUCAGUGCCUGGAGUGAUAAGCUGUUCAUAGCGGUUCAAGCUGCUUCAGUCUGCUUUCUACUCCUGCAUUACAGAGGAAGAACCAUACAAGGAAUUCUUCUCGUGCUGCUCUACGGUGCUGUGGUCGUCCUCCUGGGAUCGUACGGAACAACAUUGCUUGCCACGACACUACAGAGCUCUAGUAUCCUAGCUUUGAUUGCUAGCAAGGCUGUCCAGGCUGCCACCAACUUCUCCAGCGGUCAGACAGGAGAGCUGUCCCGUGUGUCCGUAUUGCUGGUAUGGGCGGGCUCCCUGGCUCUCAUCUUCGUCUCUGUGCAGGUGAAGGGCACCAUUCUGGCUCUUCUGGCCCACAUACUCUCUUCGUGUCUCAGCACUGUGUUACUGGCCCAGGUUCUUCGAUGCGGUCAGAGAAUCAGCACCAGGAGCAAAGCCAAGAGUGAGUAGCCAUCGGUCACAUGGACACUGCUACCGUUCAGCAUGCACGCCCAUCCGCCCCUAAUGUCUCAUUCACUUCAUACUGGUUUUGUGUGCGCAAAAGACCCCGAUUGAGGUUGUAAGCUAUUGGCAACGAGGUGUAUCGUUUGUGGUCCUACAUCGUUGCAUUUGUGUUGAAAGGAGAACACCCAGCCUCUGUGGAAGACCAAGACAGUGUUGUUGGGAGUAUUCAGAUGUUGGGUUCAGCCUCUGAUGUUGUGCUCUAGGGGUUUCUGACGGUCAGCAGUGCUGUUUGUACGAAUAAGUGUACCGUGUUAGUAGUAAUGAGGUUAGUUUAGGAAUGAGAUGUAAUAUGUCCAUUUGGUUUAAGUUUUAGCAGGCCUUGAUUACACAGAGGAUGUACUUGCAGCUAUGUCACUCCAACAUGUUUGAACUAGAUAUUUGAUAUAGUAAUCUAUAGUUAUCUCUUUCCACUUUCAACCAGUAAUACCACUACCUUUGAAUCAAUUAUAUUUGAAUGUGGAUGUUUUACAUAUAUUAUAUUAUAGAUGUAUUGCUUAGGUUAAAAUUAUCUUCACAAAGGAGAAGCUAUUGUUACAUAUGGAGUAUUCAUUGGCAUGUGGGAAAUUCAAUGUAUGGUCUGGUAUUAUUUAAAUACUAUUUGACAUGUUAUGUACAGGUUAUGUUUUCAGUAUUGUAUAUCGGAAAAAUCUAAUUAAACAAUACCUUCAUUGCUAUAAGUAUAAAAAUAUAAAAAAACAUUUAAACCA